UGACUCGCUUUGCAGUCUCGCUGUCUCCAGGAUUGGUUGUCAGUAUCUCUCCUCAGCUGAUCCUUUUAGCAGUCCUCUGCAUCUGGGACAAGGCUCCAGAGACAAUACUGAGAAAGCACGUAACUUCGGAAGGAAAGAUGAUUCGAAUAAUCCGGUUCUUGCAAUUUGGCCGCUGAGGUGCCGACCUGAACCUGAUCCAUUCUCUUCUCACCAAAACCUCUUCUGAACACCCACGGUGAAAGGGAUCGUAUAGCCAAAUGGAGAUCCCACCAGUCAGUCCACUGGGAGAGAAAGACAUCUCUCAACCACGACAACAAUGGGAAGAGAACUCCCAGGAGAAACUUGAUUCAGCUACUCAGUGUAGGCAGCAGCCCGGGGACCCCCCUACUGAAACCCUCGGGCAGGGAGUGAGCCCUGAUCCAGCCAGUCGAAGUCCAAAGAAUCUUCAUGAGGCUGAAAACCUGGUCGCUGGAUUUGAAGGAGACUCUGAUAAAGCUCAUGAAUCAACCUGUGAGAUGCCAGGGUCCCUUCAAGCUCCUGAUCUCUGGUACUGUCCUGAUGGGAGCUUUGUUAAGAAGAUCAUAAUCCGUGGACACGGCUUGGACAAACCCAAGCUAGGCUCCCGAUGCCGGGUUCUGGCUUUUGGGUUUCCUUUUGGGUCAGAGCUGCGGGAGGGCUGGACAGAGCUAACAGUGGGAGUAGGGCCGUGGAGGUAUGAAACUUGGGGGGAGCUCAUAGAGAAAUGCCUGGAGUCCAUGUGUCAAGGUGAGGAAGCAGAGCUUCAGCUCCCUGGUCACUCUGGACCUCCUGUCAGGCUCACACUGGGCUCCUUCACUCGGGGCCGGGACUCCUGGGAGCUGGAGGCCAGCGAGAAAGAGGCCUUAGCCAGGCAAGAACGUGCAAGGGGCACAGAACUGUUUCGAGCUGGGAACCCUGCAGGGGCUGCCCGGUGCUAUGGACGGGCUCUUCGACUGCUGUUGACUUUACCUCCACCUGGCCCCCCAGAACGAACCAUCCUUCAUGCCAACCUCGCUGCCUGUCAGUUGCUGCUAGGGCAGCCCCAGCUGGCAGCUCAGAACUGUGACAGGGUGCUGGAGCGGGAACCUGGCCAUUUAAAGGCCUUAUACCGAAGAGGGGUUGCCCAGGCUGCCCUUGGGAACCUGGAAAAAGCAACUGCUGAUCUCAAGAAGGUGCUGGCGGUAGACCCCAAAAACCGCGCUGCCCAGGAGGAACUGGGAAAGGUGGUCAUUGAGGGGAAGAAACAGGAUGCAGGGCUGGCUCAGGGUCUACGCAAGAUGUUUGGCUGAUUAAAGUUAAACCUUAA